CGCGCGCCCUGAUGGCGGCGGGGCGGCCCCUCACGGCGGGGCCGGGCGGCCAUGGAGCACAUCAGCACUCCCAAGGUGGAAAACGUGAAGCUGCUGGAUCGCUACGCCAGCAGGAAGGCAGCGAGCGGGACCCUGUACCUGACAGCCACACACCUGAUCUACGUGGAUGCCUCUGCUGAAGUCAGGAAGGAAACAUGGAUCCUGCACCACCACAUCUCCAGCGUGGAGAAGCUGCCCCUGACCACGGCUGGGUACCCCCUGCUCAUCCACUGCAAGAACUUCCACGUGGCUCACUUUGUGAUUGGGCAGGAGAGGGACUGCCACGACGUGUUCACCUCCCUGCUGAAGCUCUCCCAGCCAGUGAAACCCGAAGAACUUUAUGCUUUUUCUUACAACCCUAAAAUGUCCAAAGAGAGCCGGGAGAUGGGCUGGAAACUGAUUGAUCUGAAACUGGAUUACCAGCGCAUGGGGAUCCCCAACGACUGCUGGGAGAUAACAGAUAUUAACAAGGACUAUGAGGUUUGCAGCACAUACCCUCCUGAGAUCGUGGUGCCUCGAGCUGCCACCAAGGCCGUGGUGAUGGGAAGUUCAAGGUUCAGGAGCCGAGGGCGGAUUCCGGUGCUUUCUUACUUGUACAAGGAAAACAAUGCCGCCCUGUGCCGCUGCAGCCAGCCCCUGGCCGGGUUCAGCGCGCGCUGCCUGGAGGACGAGCAGAUGCUCCAGGCCAUCCGAGAGGCCAACCCCGGCUGCCCCUUCAUGUAUGUUGUAGACACGAGGCCAAAGUUGAAUGCCAUGGCCAACAGAGCUGCUGGGAAGGGCUAUGAGAAUGAAGAUAAUUAUGAAAACAUUCGUUUUAAAUUCAUUGGCAUAGAGAACAUCCAUGUGAUGAGGAGCAGCCUGCAGAAACUGCUGGAAGUGUGCGAGAUGAAGUCUCCCUCCAUGAGCGAUUUCCUGACGGGGCUGGAGAACUCAGGCUGGUUACGGCACAUCAAGGCUGUCAUGGAUGCAGGUGUCUUCCUGGCCAAGGCUGUGAGGGAGGAGAGGGCCAGCGUGCUGGUGCACUGCUCCGACGGCUGGGACCGCACGGCCCAGGUCUGCUCCCUGGCCAGCCUCCUCCUGGACCCCUUCUACAGGACCUUCAAAGGCUUCAUGGUCCUGAUAGAAAAGGAGUGGAUUGCAAUGGGCCACAAGUUCUCACACAGGUGUGGCCACCUGGAUGGGGACCCCAAGGAGGUGUCCCCUGUGUUCACACAGUUUGUGGAGUGUGUGUGGCAGCUGAUGCAGCAGUUCCCCUGCUCCUUCGAGUUCAGCGAGCGCUUCCUGCUGGAGAUCCAUGACCACGUCUAUUCCUGCCAGUUUGGCAACUUCCUGGGCACCUGCCACAGGGAGAGGGAGGAGCUCAGAAUCUUUGAGAAGACCCAUUCCCUGUGGCCUUUCCUCUUACAGAGGAAGCAGGAGUUGAGAAAUCCUUUGUACAGAGGAUUUACAGCUUACAAAGAGCUUCAACCAAACACUCUACCUUUCAGUUUCCAGUUCUGGUGUGGGAUGUACAACCGCUUUGACAAGGGCAUGCACCCCAAGCAGAGCGUGCUGGAGCAGCUGCUGAGCUGCCUGAGGCACAGCGUCACCCUGGAGGACAGCGCGGCGCGGCUGGAGAACAAACUCCCUAUCCUGGACGGCCCCUUGCCCAGCAAAGGCUGCACCUCACCCAAGGCAGGAGCUGCUGCUGCCAAAGCCCCAACUCCUCCUCAGGACUGUGCAGAGGGAGCAGCCCCUGUGCUGAGCAAUGGCCCCUCCCUGGGGCAGCAGAAGCACAAGGAGAGCCCAGCCCAGCCCCAGGAUCCCGGAGCCUCCAGGGAGGAUGGGCAGGCUCAGCACCAGGGAUGAGCUCUGGAGCUGCUGGGAGAAGCUCUGGGGAGCUGCUGCAGCCCCCAUUUGCAGCUCAGUGUGAGUAGGGGUGUGCAGGGCUGGGGAGCAGCUGCUGGGGGACACCCCCUGCAGCUCAGGUGAUGCAGAGCUUCCAGGAGCCUGCCUGGCAUUCCUGGGAACUUGGUUUUCAGUGGCAACACGUGCAUUUCUGAGGGUUAGGGCUGCCUGCCAGCUCUGCUGUUUGAGGCUGGAAGAAAUCUUGCCAAUUCCACGAGGAGCUGGGCAGUAACUGCAGGAGGAAGGAUGCAAAUCCCUCUGUUCUCAGUGGUGGUCCAAGGUCAUCUUAAAACAAGAAAAAAUUUCAGUCCGUCUUCAAAUGAUAAAAACCCCCCAACCUUUCUUAGCUGUGAAUGAAUCUCUGCAUGGACCCUUGCCUUGUAGCAGAACUGAUCCAUGUUUUGUUUCCUAUGCAUAUUUGUUACACAAAACCAAACCCCCUGUGCCUUCUCUGAGACUGUGUCCAUGUCCAGCCAGGCCACUGCAGGUUUUGUGCUGGAGUUUGCAGUGUGCUCUUGGUCCUGUCUGUAGUCAGUGUUUGUGAGAGGUUUUCUUCUGCUGCAGCUUCUCCAGGGUUUUUGCUGUUCCUCUGAGUUCAGCAGCUUUUUCCAAGCUGACCUCUUGAAGAGCCAGCUUUUAUGGACCUCCUUUAUUGAUGGGAGUGCAGAGCCAGCCCAUAACACAUGGAUUUGUGAUAAGAGGGAGGAUUGGAAAUGAGGAAAGGCAGCAGAACAUUUAUGUGGAAUUUUUCUCUCUUAUUUUAUGAUCUUUGUUAAACUGAAGCAAGAGAGUAACUCUGUUCCAAGCUGGAAUCAUUGAUGAGACAGCAGUUACAGAUGGGGCUGUGUUCUGGUAUUGAAAUGGGGCCUGAAAUGAUAAAAUCACUUGCUGACUGAUUCUAGGGAAUGUUCACAUUCCAGGAACUUUAGGGAUGUUUUGUCUGUCUCAUGAACAGUAUCUCAUGGCAGUGAACUUGGGAAGAAACAGAAGAAGCAAGAACUUCUCUCCCAGGGAUUGGGUGUCACAAAUGAGUGCUUGAAGGUCACCCAAAGAAUCCUUGGGAGAGGCAUCAACAGAAGCAGGUUUGAUGUAAAAAAGUGUGACCAAAUUCAUUUGCAAGGUUCACUCUGUUAUUUAUUAAAUGGUUAAAGCACACAGAGAAAAACUAAAAUAGAAAAUCAGGCAAUCUAAAACUACAAUCAGCCAGCAUGGAGGCUGGGGAUGGACAAGGGUCAGGACGAAAUGGAAUGAAAUUAAAUAAAAUUAAAUGAGGAAGAUUCUCCUCUUGAGUCACAGGGUUCAGAGUGGAGCAUCCUCCCAGACUGAGCCCUGGAAUUACCAACAGUUCAGGCCUAAAGGUUUCCUGGAAUCAGAGAAUCAGUAGCAGCACUUGAACUCAACAGCAGAGGAUCAGCAGGUAAGGAAUUGAACAAGGGGUUUAUGAAGAAUUCCCUAUAAGCACAACAGGAGCUCCCUUAGAGGCUGAACUCACAAAUCCAAAGUACUCCAUAGUUCAGGAGAGCAGCAUUCCCAGUGCUUUGGCUCUGGCACAGCCCCAAGGACCAGGUCCAGGUGUAUCCCUGGGAGAAAUUCCCCUCCAGUUCCUUGUUUACAGAGAGCUGCUUUUAUCAGAGUCACUUUCCAGCCUGGCUGCAAUUUGGGUCAAUAUCUUCCUUGGAAAGGUCAAUAACAAAAAUGUUCCACUUGCCUUGUUAUUCAGGCAAGAAAAAUCAGAUUCCAGGGCUGGUGGCUAAACCCAGGAGUUUGUACUCCAGCCCUGGGAGCAGCCAGUGUUCCUGAUAAGCUCAGGGUGCUGCUUAUCAAGGUCAGGGCCUGAGGACAUUUCUGAGCUUGUGGUGAGGCCUUGGGAGUUUGGAGGAUUCCCCUCCCCAGGAAAGCUGUGCCACUGUCCUUGUUGUGUGCUGGAUUGCACAGAAUCCUCCUGUGCAGCUCUUUUCAGGAUGCUGCUCUGCCCUCUUCUCAAGCUAUUGUUUCAAUUAGGUGCUGCCAUUAAGUUUUCAAAUCAGAUUUGCUCUUUUAUAAAAAGUUUGGAAGCCAAGUGAAAAUAUUUGAGCCUUCCCAAUCUCCAGUGAAAGCAGAAACAUUCAGUUGUAACAGCAGAAAGUGCAAUAACUCUGCUCAUGUGCUUUUAACCCAUGGUGAAAUCACUGGGUGGAUCCAGUAUCCAAAAGCCAACCCAAACCUCCCUGAGUGGCUGUUCUGGGUAAGAAAAUACCUAUUUUAUAAAGCACAUGAAAGAUCCAGGGAAAAAGAGAGCACAGAGUUUCUCCACUGCCUGGAAUGGCAAAGAGGAAGUUUUUUAGCAUUGAGAGUUUGUCAGACUUAAAUAAAGUUGUUGUCAAGGAAGGAGUGGGAGCUACAAGAUUGAUUGAUUAAAAAUGGAACACUGGAAAUACUGACCCAGGUGUGACUGAUGGAUCAGCCCUGUCUUUUCUUUCCAAGGGGUAAUGGGCAACACCCAUCCCCAAAUCUGAGAGAAAAUGGGGCAUGAAGCCAAGACAGGCACUUUUUAGGACCAGUUAUUCUAUGGAUCAUCAGUUCUUUGAAUAUCUUUAAUAAAUUCUCUAAUUUUCAUUAGAGAUCUAAAACUGGAGAGGGUUUUGAUUGACUACUGAAGGACUUAAAAGUGGCAUUGGUUAAUUAUUGUACAAAUCCAGCUUGCAGAAGGCUCCUGGAUAUGUUUGUAUGGUGCUUUGCCUUUGGAAUUGCCAUUGGAGGAGUUUAAUACUCUUGCCUUGUUCAUAGAAAAUGUUGUCUCCACAAAACUCCAAUGUUACUACAAGUGUGUACAACCACCACCAGGUUACUCAGUGUUGUAAGCUUGGAGUAAUCUUGCUGCUUUUAACUCCAGUGGCAAAACAGAGCCAAACCCAAAAAUUAAUGUCUUUUAAACCUCUUGGCUUUCAUGUGUGCAGGCUGCAGUGUAUUAAAAGCCUUUCAUGCUGAUGCUGGAAUUUAGGGGCUGGAAAAGAUUCCAGGGUUUCCUCUUUUUCCACGAGCCUGUGGUUUGAAAACCAAUGAAGGAGAAGCUUUUUGGUUUUGGUGGCAGCUCUGGGCUGUUUGGAGAGCAGAAGUGAGGAGGUGCUCAGAGCUCUGCAGUGUCCUGAGCUCAGCUGGGAUCUGCUGCCCAGGAAAUCUGUGUUCCCUACCCUGGAGCAUCCUCUGCUCCCUGGAAAUGUGGGAGGAAUGGAGGAGCUGUUACUGCUAUUGGGAAUCUGCUGCUGCUGGGGAAAGUUCCUUCUACUGAUUGAUUCCUAGGGGAGCAGCUGUGCUUUGUGAGGUCAGAAAUCCUGCUCUUAUUUGGAGCAGUGCAGUUCUUUCCAUUUGGAUUCCUGUCACUGGGAGAACUGGGAGGGAAGAGGGAUCUGAUUUGCUGCAGAUGGGCUCUGCUUGUGGAAAACUCUGCCUUUUCUGGAGCUGCUCCUGCCUCACCAGGACAUUCCAUGGCUUCUCCAGGACAUUCCAUGGUUUCUCCAGGACAUUCCAUGCCUUCCUGCCUUUUCCCAGUGUCUCCUGUGCUACAACCAGGUGUAACCUUGUAGUGGCCUGUCAUACUCUGUGUUAAAACUCCUACUCUGAAGCACAAGAGGGACUUGUGGAGCUUCAUUUGAAAUGUCUUAAAUGUGAACUUUGUUCUGUGGAUUCUUAAAUUGGGGUUUCCUUUUGCUGUUGUCACCUGUGGGAGAGAAAAUCCAAUUGGUGCUGUUUGCUCUGCAGGGAAAAAAGUGGGAAUAAUUGGGUUGUCCAUAGUUUUAGUUCUCCAUGGCCUCUUUGGGGGUGAGGAAAAGCAGUUUGUAAAAGCUUUUAGGUCUGCCUUGGUCUGUUCUUGUGCUUAGUGAUUGCCUUUCCAAGUUAAUUCCUUGGAAUAAAAAUCCACCUGCUCUGAUCCAGAGCCAUCCUGGCUGGGCUGGAGGAGGAGGAGAUGGGCUUGGAGGGAGCUGGGGACCUUCAGGAAGCUUCCCCAGCCGUGCAGAGUGGGAUUUGGCAGGAGCUGAAGGUGCCCAGAGCUCCACAGGAUCUCCAGGUGGGAAUGUUGGUGUGGAGCAGCCCUGGGGUGUUGUUUCCAUCACCUCUGGGAGCAGAGAGCCCUCAGAGGUGCUCCCAAAGCUGAGGCAGCCCCAGGAAAAGCCUUGGAAAGGGAAGAGCUCCUGUUGAGGCUCCUUCAGCUCCUGCAGACCUGGCCUUGGGCAGCUCAGAGGAAUUUCUUGGCAGGAUGCAGUGCUGGGUACCCAGGAGUGACCAGGAGCAUUCCAAAGGGUUUUCCUCUCCUCCCACCCCUCUGCUCUGUGCUGGGCUUGUUUUAUAGGCACCUCUCCCAGCUAUUCCUGGUUUCCAUCCUUCCCUCAUGCACAUCCAGCCAUUCCCUGGGGGAAGAACCUGCUCUGCAUGUCCUAUUUGUGUUUAAUUAUCACCCAGCACUUGAUUAAUUAGCUGAGGAAGCAGGGGAUGGUAAAACCUGUGCUUGGGACCAGGCAGCCAGGUGGGCCAUUCAUUAGGGCAGGUUUGCUAAUGACAUUAAUUAAUGUGACCCCCUGGGAGCUGCAGGAGCAGGGCAGGACCAAGGGGUUGGUUUUAUAUCAUUUCUGUAUUCCCAUCUAUUUAAUGUAGCAGAAACUACUGGAGUAACUCAGCACUGGAUCCCAUCCUCUGGCUGGAUUUUCCUUGGCAUCCCCAACCUGAUCCUUGUAGGAAUGUCCCUAAAACUGUGUCUAGUGCUGGCUGGGAAUGUCCCUGUGGCUGUUUGUGUCUGUGUCACUGCUGGGGGACAUUUGUGGGGGGAGAGCCCCAGUUUGUGCCCCGAGGGCUCUGUGGGGCACUUCAGUUCCUGCACUGCUUGAAGCUGAUCUUGUCUAGAGGAGAAUUGUGUCUUUUCUGUUUGUCCCAUGGAGUCUCUCUUGGAUUGCAGGUAUUUUUAUUCCCUACAAAAAUAAACACUUGGCCUUUUUAAAGGAAGUGGCUGCUCUGUUUAUUGGGUGG